AUGAUACUCUUCUUUAUGAUAUUGAUCUUCACUGCUUUUGGAUAUGAACCAUUUUUUGAAGAAAUUAAUUGCCAAGAAUUUAAUAAAAAUUGUAGAGAAUGUGUACGAUAUGUUCAAAAUUUUAAAGACAAUAUUCGAGGAUGUCAAUGGUGUGAUAUGCCAAAUUACUUUGACUCAUAUUGUUUUAAUCCAAACACUACUAUUUGUAAAGGUAAAAUACAAGAAAUAUGUCAAUUAGAUCCAUUAAUAAUGUCAGUUGUUAGUGUAUUAUGUUUACUUCCAUUAUUAAUAGUUAUAUUACUAAUAGUCUUACCAUCCCUUAUUUCUUGUAUUAAAAAGCGUCAAACAAAACAAGAUUAA